AUGCAUCCCCGCGAUACCAGUACCCUCUCCCUCCUGGCCCCCCUGGCAGGUUCUUGGUUGGCAAUCUGGGCCAUGUCAGCAUCGACAGCCCUGAGAAAGAUUACCUGCGAUGGGGUCAGGCCUACGCCAGAUUGCGAUGUCAUUCAUACUGAAGUCCUCGGCCAACACAUGAUCUGUCUGAACAGCCGCCGGGCUGCUGAAGACUUACUUGAACGUCGGGGCUCCAUUUACUGCGAUAGACCGAGAUUUACUCUUUUCGAAAUAAUGGGAUGGGGCCUCACGCUUACAUUCCUCCGCUACGGGCCUCGCUUUAGCCUUCAUCGACGCCUCUUCCAAACGACCUUCUCACACACAAACGUCAGGAAAUUCGAGUUCAUCCAGCAGCAUGAAGCACGCAAAACAGUUCGAAAUCUACUCCAGGACCCCGCGGACUGGAAAGAAAUCACGCUGCUUAUGGCAACAAGCAUCGUAUUCCGGAUCGCCUUCGGUCAGGAGGUCGUAGAUAAGGGCUCUCCGUAUUGCGCCAUGUCCCAGGCGGCGAAUUAUGCCACGACAACGGGUGGAACUCCUGGUUCGACACUGGUCGAUCUCUUUCCACCUGCAAGAUAUCUUCCUGACUGCCUCAACCUCUCAGAGCCUCUGGCUCACGCGCGACGCAGUCGGAAAACCAUACGCACUAUCCAUGAAGAGCCUUGGGCCGCAAGCUUGAAGGAAAUUGACGCCGGUAUCGCAUCUUCUUCAUUCAUGAAGACAUAUUUGGAGAAAUAUCGAGCCAUCGAGGAGUCUGGCAAGACCCAGGAAUUGACCGUUCCCGAUAUCAAAGGCGCAGCCGGCGCCAUAUUUAUUGCCGGCGGCAACACAACCUGGAGCACCCUUCAGGCCUGUGUUCUCUUCCUGACCAAGUACCCCAAUGUCCAGCGACGCAUACAGGAAGAGCUGGAUGAAGUUGUCGGGCCAGAUCGCCUUCCAACCUUUGAUGAUCGCCCACGCCUCCAAUACCUGGAUCGUUUCAUCAAGGAGGUUCUUCGAUGUCUCCCAUUAAACCCUUUGGUCAUACCACACAGAAGUCUUGCGGAGGAUGUCUACAAUGGCAUGCGCAUACCCAAAGGUUCCAUCGUUUUUGCGAAUGCCUCUGCCAUGGCUUCUGAUCCAACUGUGUAUGAUCGGCCUGUCCUCUUUGACCCGGACCGCUACCUUCGCGGUGAGCCAGAGUCUCCGGGCAAUUUCGGCUUCGGCCGGCGAAAAUGUCCAGGAAAUCACCUUGCACUUGCUUCUGUUCAGAUCUUUGUUGCGACGCUCAUGUCAGCAUUCCACAUUGACAAGGCUAUCGAUGACAAUGGUCAAGUCUUGGAGCCCAGGGUUGGUAUCUCUAUUGGAUUAGGCGGGCAUCCGCUGCCAUUCGAGUGCGUUUUCAUGCCAAGGCACGGUGUUGAGGCUGCUAGCCUGCUUGAACGAGAGCCAUGA